AUGGCCCAUCUCACAAACGCUGGGGCCGACCCCGCGUCCUUGGAUAGCCGCCUGGCCCUUCUUGCUCUAACUGCGGAGAUCGACGAAUGGAACCAUAAGAACCCUCGUUCUACCGAGUUUCUCAACAAUUCCGACCAAGAACUUCUUUCUAACUUCUUUGUGGCACAUUUGAUGCCCACAGCUCCUUCCGUGUGGUGGAAUGGCGACAACGCCCAGAGAGCAAGAACCGAACUUCUCUGCGAGAAAUAUCCGCAACUUAAAACCCGUCAUUGGAGAAAUAGCGGUCAGAAAUCGAUCGAUGUUCUUCGAGUCUGGCGCAAGGAUGCCUUGCGUCUGUUUCCGGAGCUUAUUGGAAACCGCUACAGCGAUGGGGCCGACACAGACAAUGAGAGUGUCGUACCCUUUUCGACUUCCCCAAGCAACAAAAGAAAGCAAAAGAGAGCGAUGGCAGAUCUCGUGGCGAAAAAGGCCAGGAAGCUUCCAAUCACUCCAACGAAGAGCAUGCUUGGCGAGAAUUCAGACGAAGAUGAUCGGCUUGCAUCUACGCCUGCAAAGCCCCAUCAACAGCCAGUCCCGAGCAUCAUCACACCCUCUCCAAGCAGUGGCAGCAGCUCGAUCACAAUGAGUAAUUCUGACAGCGAGGAUGAGCCCUUUGUUCCUCGGAGAAGACGAUUGCACCGCCAGUCCAGCAUAGAAGCGCCGCCAGAUGAGCCCGUAGUUGCUUCUUCCCUGCCACUUUUGAGCAUCUCGCCGACCCGAACUGUGGUGUCGAUCGAGCCGUUGGAACUGCCCGAGAAAAAAGCAGCUUACAUGGCGACUUUCGACGAAAUAUCAGGCUUCGUAGCCAGAUACCAUGCUGAUAUCGUGUCUCUGGAACACGCCGAAUCGGUUCAUCGGAUCAAGAAGUUGGAAAAGAAAGUUAAGAGCUUGAGGAAGCUGUCUAAGAAGCUGAAUAAGAAGAUUCAGGGUUGA